AUGAGCAGAGGUGACAACAGCACAGAACUGCUAGUGCCCGGAAUCCCCACCGUGACCCAGGCCUGGGGACUGUGGGCCCUCCUAGGGGCUGCGAUGCUGCUGCUUCUCAUCUCAGUGGCUGCGCACUUGUUCCGAUGGGCUAGUGGCCGGAGCAAGAGCCGUCCGGGACAGGGACGCUCUGGAGAAUCUGUGGAAGAGGUCCCCCUAUAUGGGAACCUGCCUUAUCUUCAGACUGGUCGGCUGGCUCGAGAACCAGGGCCAGACCAGCAAGAUCCGACUCCUAGAGGCCCCGUCACGGCUGCAGAGAAAGUGAUGUGCUAUACCAGCCUGCAGUUGCGGCCUUCUCAGGGCCAUAUCCCCAGCCCCGGAACCCCCAUCAAGUACUCAGAGGUGGUGCUGGAUUCUGAACCAAAGCCCCAGGCCUCGGGCCCCGAGCCGGAGCUGUACGCCUCAGUGUGUGCCCAGACCCGCAGGACGCGGGCUUCCUUCCCAGACCAGGCCUACGCCAACAGCCAGCCUGCACCCAGCUGA